UUCUCUUUCUCUCUCACACUGUAAAAGAAUCCAGAGAGACUCUCUCUAAUGGCUGUAGAAUGAGCAAAGGAAGAACACAAAACAAUCUCCUUCGUUAUGGCUUUAGAAGAAGAAGAAGAGAGUCAAAACGCACCGUAUUGUGUUGUUCUUGAUGGUCUUUUCUGUGAGGAACAGAGUGAGUUUGAGGAAGAUGAACAACAGCAACAAGUAGUAGAUUUGUGCGACGAGGGUGUUAGAAAGUUUCCGUUUUUACAACUGGGUUUGUCUGAUCAUGAUAUGUUUUGGGAUGACGAUGAGUUGUCGAGUUUGAUUUCGAAAGAAGAAGAGUUAAAACCGAGUCUUUAUGACGAAAUCUUAGGUGAUGAGUUUCUGGUUCUGUGUCGUGAAAAGGCACUUGCUUGGAUUUUUAAAGUGAAAUCUCAUUAUGGGUUUAAUUCGUUGACGGCUCUUUUAGCUGUUAACUAUUUCGAUAGGUUUAUUACUAGCAGGAAGUUUCAGACUGAUAAGCCAUGGAUGUCUCAGCUUACAGCUGUGGCUUGUUUGUCUUUAGCUGCUAAGGUUGAAGAGAUCCGAGUCCCUUUACUCUUAGAUUUUCAGGUGGAAGAGGCGAGAUAUGUCUUUGAGGCUAAGACUAUACAGAGGAUGGAGCUUCUUGUCCUGUCUACUCUUGAUUGGAGGAUGCAUCCUGUGACUGCAAUCUCGUAUUUCGAUCACAUUAUUCGACGAUACAGCUUUAAAUCUCACCAGCAAUUGGAGUUCUUGACUAGAUGUGAAUCUCUGUUGCUCUCUAUUGUUCCUGAUUCGAGGUUUCUGAGUUUUAGUCCCUCUGUGUUGGCCACUGCAAUAAUGGUCUCUGUCAUUGGAGAUCUCAAGAUGUGUGACGAAGCUGAAUACCAAUCUCAGCUCAUGACUCUACUCAAAGUUAAUAAGGAGAAAGUAAAUAAAUGCUAUGAGUUAGUGUUAGACCACAGUCCAAGCAAGAAAAGGAUGAUGAACUGGAUGCAACAACCCGCUAGUCCCAUCGGUGUGUUCGAUGCAUCGUUCAGCUCUGAUAGCUCAAAUGAGUCAUGGGUUGUGUCUGCUUCUGCUUCUGUGUCGUCUUCACCAUCUCAAGAGCCUUUACUCAAGAGGAGAAGAGUUCAAGAGCAGCAGAUGAGGUUGUCUUCAAUAAACAGAAUGUUUCUCGAUGUGCUUAGUAGUAGUCCUCGCUAAUAAUGUCUACAACUCAUCAAAAUCUGUUUCCAUGGUUUACAUAUUAUCGGUUAUGUUAAUUCAGAAACCUUAUGUGUCUUAUUUGGCUCAUGUGUUUAUGGACGGUUUCAAAUGGUGUACCUUUCGACGGUUUCGUUAUUUGAUUAUGGAAAAAUAGAGAUGUUUUUCAUUGAGUUUCA